AACGAUGCUUUUGUUGUUGGCUUCGAUAAGCAGAGAGUGGAGAAAAAUCGGUUAGCUGUGUGCAGAGAAAUGGCGAAGCUGCUUCUCCAUCUUCAAGCUCCUCAUCUAGCUUCUUCCUUCAAUCGCCGAACUCUCUCAUUCAUAAUCUCCAACUCAAACUCUUCUUCUUAUUCUUCCUUACAAUGCCGUUUCGCUCUCCCUCUCUCCUCCUCCUCCUCCUCCUCUUCUUCUUUACGCCGCUGCUUCUCUCUUCGAGCAUUCGACGACAAUGCACCAGAGACCAAACGCGUUGAAAAAGAAGAAACAGAUGCUUCAAACGAGGCUCCCAUGAGUAGCGAUGUCGUCAGGACUCGCGAUGAGGAUUAUCCAAGUGGAGAGUUUGAGUUCCAGAAAUUUGGACCGUGGAGGAGCUUUUUGGUUAAGCUUAAGAUGCUGGUGGCUUUUCCUUGGGAGCGCGUCCGCAAGGGAAGUGUCUUGACUAUGAAAUUGCGAGGGCAGAUAUCUGAUCAGCUAAAGAGCCGUUUCUCUUCAGGGCUUUCUCUACCUCAAAUCUGCGAGAACUUUGUCAAAGCUGCAUACGAUCCUCGUAUUUCUGGGAUCUAUUUGCAAAUUGAGGCUCUAAAUUGUGGGUGGGGUAAAGUUGAGGAAAUUCGAAGGCAUAUCCUCGAUUUCAAAAAAUCAGGUAAGUUUGUUGUUGCCUAUAUUCCUACAUGCCAAGAGAAAGAGUACUACCUGGCAUGUGCAUGUGAGGAAAUAUAUGCCCCGCCAAGUGCUUAUGUUUCUUUGUUUGGUCUGACUGUUCAAGCUUCAUUUCUCAGAGGUAUUUUUGACAAAGUAGGGAUUGAACCACAAGUGGAAAGGAUAGGUAAAUAUAAAAGUGCUGGUGAUCAACUAGCACGGAGAAAUAUGUCAGAAGAAAAUUGUGAAAUGCUGACGACAUUGCUUGAUAACAUUUAUGGCAACUGGCUGGAUAAAGUUUCUUCAACAAAUGGAAAGAAAAAAGAUGAUGUUGAAAACUUCAUUAAUGAAGGAGUGUACCAAAUUGAAAAACUAAAAGAAGAUGGCUGGAUCACCAACAUACAGUACGAGGAUGAGGUUCUCUCUAUGCUAAGUGAAAGACUUGGUCUGCCGAAGGACAAAAAGGUUCCCAUGGUUGAUUACAGGAAGUACUCUAGAGUUAGGCAAUGGACCGUUGGUUUAUCAGGAGGUGGAGACCAAAUAGCUGUGAUCAGAGCUGGAGGAAGCAUUACUCGUGUAAGAAGUCCUUUAAGUGUUCCUAGUUCUGGUAUUAUUGGGGAGCAAUUCAUUGAGAAGAUUCGAACUGUUAGAGAGUCGAAAAGAUUCAAGGCUGCCAUCAUCAGAAUUGACAGUCCUGGAGGUGAUGCUCUGGCUUCUGAUUUGAUGUGGAGAGAAAUCAGACUUCUGGCUGCAUCAAAACCUGUUGUUGCAUCCAUGGCUGAUGUGGCUGCCAGUGGAGGAUACUAUAUGGCAAUGGCAGCUGGGACAAUUGUUGCAGAAGAUCUAACCUUAACUGGUUCUAUCGGAGUUGUCACAGGGAAGUUUAACUUGGGGAAACUAUAUGAAAAGAUUGGCUUUAACAAGGAAAUCAUUUCAAGGGGAAGGUUUGCUGAGCUUCUUGCGGCUGAACAACGACCUUUCAGACCGGAUGAAGCAGAACUCUUUGCCAAAUCUGCACAAAAUGCGUACAAGCAAUUUCGGGACAAAGCAGCCUUUUCCAGAUCUAUGACUGUGGAUGAGAUGGAGAAAGUUGCACAGGGAAGGGUUUGGACCGGUAAAGAUGCAGCAUCCCGUGGUUUAGUGGAUGCUAUUGGUGGCUUUUCUCGGGCUGUUGCAAUAGCAAAACUAAAAGCCAACAUUUCUCAAGACAGCCAGGUUAAUCUUGUGGAAUUAUCACGACCGUCGCCAACGCUACCGGAGAUACUAAGCGGAGUAGGGAGUACAAUUAUUGGAGUUGACAGGACAAUGAAGGAUCUGCUCCAAGACCUUUCUUUGGGAGAAGGAGUCCAAGCUCGUAUGGAAGGGAUUAUGCUGCAGAGAAUGGAGGGAUUUUCUUAUGGUAAUCCCAUACUUAAUUUCAUUAAAGAUUACUUCACUUCCCUCUAACCUUUUUUGGUGCCGUUAUUAAAACCCAUAUUUAAUUUCUCAAUUCCCCAUUAUUUGGAACAUACUCUUAUGAUACGAUAAUAGGAUGUCCCAACUAAACAAGAAAUGUAUAGAUAGAUAAUAUAUGUCAUUUGAUUUAAUAAAUUAGCAUCUUUUCCAUGCAUAAA